UUACGGUUUUAACGUUUCAGAACUUGCUUGAAGAGGUGGCUUUCGGUCGAUUUGGGACAAAACAAAAGUUGACUACAUGCUGCUUAAGCAAGUACAUUGGAGACUCUUGGUAACUGAAUGCUCCAGACAUCUCAUCAGAGCUACAAGAUCUAAGAUGUCAGGGGUUGUUGUUACGAUAGGUGAUACCAAGGUGGAAAAAAUGGCGGAAGACUCAGAGAAAAAAAUAGAGGACACUGGAGAAGUCAAAGGCGAAAAACGAAAACUGGAGAGUGAGGAAGUGGCAACUUCAUUUAAGAGAGAAAAAACAGAACAAAUUACUGAGACUGACACAGAAACAGCACCCCUGAAGAAGAAAAAAGUAGCCCUACUCUUGUCUUAUAGUGGUAAAGGAUUUUUUGGUCUUCAGAAACAAAAAGAUCUGCCUACUAUAGAAGGAACUCUAAUCAAAGCACUUCUUGAUGUGGGUGUAAUAACAAAGGAAGAUGGAGAAACACCACAGAAGAUGUGGUUCCAGCGGGCUGCGAGGACUGAUAAGGGGGUGUCUGCAGCAGGAAAUAUGGUCUCUCUUAAGAUGUCGUUGCAUGUGGAAAACUUUAUAGAGGAAAUCAACAAAGUGUUACCCGAACAGAUAAAAGUUCAAGCUUGUAUCAGAACAACAAAGGGAUUUGACAGUAAAAACUUCUGUGAUGGAAGAACAUACUCCUACCUCACUCCAACAUUUGCAUUUGCCCCUCGUACCCUGGCAGUCACAGAAGGAUACAGAAUACCAAAUGAUACUGUACAAAGAAUUAGAGAAAUCAUAAAGAGAUUUGAAGGAACUCAUAACUUCCACAACUUCACGUCAGGAUUGAAGCCAACAGAGGCCAGAGCUAAACGAUAUAUCAUCGAUUUUCAGUGUGGUGACCCCUUUGUACGGGAUGACAUUGAGUUUGUACAAUUAACAGUUCGAGGACAAAGCUUCAUGCUUCAUCACAUUCGCAAAAUGAUUGGUUUAACAAUGGCCAUUGUGAGGGGCCACUGUGAUGAGGAAGUAAUUGACAAAAGUUAUUCCCUUGUCAAGAUUGACGUUCCCAGGGCUCCAGGAAGUGGUCUCAUGCUAGAGGAGCUACACUAUACAGGUUAUAACAAGAGAUAUGGAAGUGAUGGCCUUCACCAAAAACUCAGCUGGUCUGACCAUAGAGAAGCAAUAGACAAGUUCAAAGAGGAGCAUAUCUACCCAGAAAUGAUCAGAAGUGAAAAAGAGGAACUCUCAAUGAAGAUUUGGCUGGGGACCCUUGAGCACCAUGACUACGACGAAAUACCUCCAGAAAAAUUGUUAAACUGGAAAUACAAAGAUUUUCAGAAUGAAGAACUCAGUAAGAAAGAAAAAUCAGCUUCAACUUCUGAAAAUCAAGAAACAACAGAGGAAAAAGACAUCAAAAUCUCUUCUAAUGAAAUUGGAAAGGAGGAUGAAUCGAACAAGGAAGAAAGAAAACUAGCAGACAAGGAUAUGGAAGAGAAAUCUGGUGAUACAACGGUUAAUAACAAGGAUAAAAACAAGAUGGAGGUCUCAUGAUAUUGGUCUUUUCUUGUUUAAUUUGGUGAAGGUCAAUUGAAUGAUUAAAACCACUAGUCUGUAGCUGUGGUCUUUUAAGUCUUGUGACCUUCAGGAAGGAAUGUCAAGGGAUGCACUAUUCUGUAGCAGGGCUCUGGACAUGAAAAUCUUUUAGGCACAGUCAAUGUGAUAACUUGCUGCUGGUUCUUUAUUCAAAAUGUAAAUGUCAAUGAUAAGAUGACUGCCUGUUGGCUGGUGUCAUGUGUUAUUACACUUGUAUGCCAUUUCACAAUUGUGAUGCCACUAUUGGACAAUAAAGAAUGUGAUGAGG